AGCCGGGAGCCGGCCGGGGCCAUGCAUACCGGAGCCCCCGAGGGCGCGGUGGCGUGCUCGGCGCUGCACCAUGGCCGCUGAGAACGGCUCGGCGGCGGCGAGCGGCGGCGGGCGCUGGGGGCUGCCCGAUGUAAUCUUCCAGAAGGAGCUCUUUGCUGCGAGAGACACAGACCCCAUGCACAACCUCUCUGCUCAGCCCUGGCAAGCGAAGAUGGCCAAUCUGACCUAUGACAACUUCACCCUGGGCAACCGCUCCGAGGUGGCCAUCCAGCCCCCCAGCAACUACAAGACGGUGGAGCUGGUGUUCAUCGCCACGGUCACCGGCUCGCUCAGCCUCGUCACCGUGGUGGGCAACAUCCUGGUGAUGCUGUCCAUCAAGGUGAACCGCCAGCUCCAGACUGUCAAUAACUAUUUCCUCUUCAGCCUGGCUUGUGCAGACCUCAUCAUCGGGGUCUUCUCCAUGAACCUCUACACGGUCUACAUCAUCAAAGGCUACUGGCCGCUGGGGGCCGUGGUGUGUGACCUGUGGCUGGCCCUGGACUACGUGGUAAGCAAUGCCUCCGUCAUGAACUUGCUCAUUAUCAGCUUUGACCGCUACUUCUGUGUCACCAAGCCCCUGACCUACCCAGCCAGGAGGACCACCAAGAUGGCAGGGCUGAUGAUCGCAGCUGCCUGGAUAUUGUCCUUCAUUCUCUGGGCGCCUGCCAUCUUGUUCUGGCAGUUCAUUGUGGGCAAGAGGACGGUCCCCGAGAGAGAAUGCUACAUUCAGUUCCUCUCCAACCCAGCAGUGACCUUCGGCACGGCCAUUGCUGCUUUCUACCUGCCCGUGGUCAUCAUGACGGUGCUGUACAUCCACAUCUCCCUGGCCAGCAGGAGCAGGGUGAGGAGGCACAAGCCUGAAAGCAGGAAAGAAAAGAAAGGCAAGUCCCUCAGGUUCCUGAAGGGCCCCGUGAUCAAACAAAACAACAACAACUCCCCCAAGAAGGCUGUGGAGGUGAAAGAGGAGGUGAGGAACGGGAAAGUGGAUGACCAGCCCUCGGCACAGACAGAGGCCGCUGGCCAGCAGGAGGAGAAAGAGACCUCCAACGAGUCCAGCACCGUCAGCAUGACCCAGACCACGAAAGACAAGCCCACAGCAGAAAUCUUGCCGGCGGGGCAAGGGCAGAGCCCAGCCCCGCCCCGCGUGAACCCAACGUCCAAGUGGUCCAAGAUCAAGAUUGUCACCAAGCAAACCGGGACCGAGUGCGUAACGGCCAUCGAGAUUGUCCCGGCCAAGGCAGGAGCCUCUACCCACAACUCCCUGUCCAACAGCCGCCCCGCCAACGUCGCCAGGAAGUUCGCCAGCAUCGCCAGAAGCCAAGUGCGGAAGAAGCGCCAGAUGGCAGCCCGGGAGAAGAAAGUCACCCGCACCAUAUUUGCCAUCCUCCUGGCCUUCAUCCUCACGUGGACGCCGUACAACGUGAUGGUCCUCAUCAACACCUUCUGCGAGACCUGCGUGCCCGACACGGUGUGGUCCAUCGGCUACUGGCUCUGCUACGUCAACAGCACCAUCAACCCCGCCUGCUACGCCCUCUGCAAUGCCACGUUCAAGAAAACCUUCAAGCACCUCCUCAUGUGCCAGUACAGGAACAUUGGCACGGCCAGAUAAGCUGGCGCUCAGGGACCGCUUCGGCAACAUUCCGGAAGCUCUUCCCUUUGCCUCUCUUGCUGGGGAGGGUCCUCUGCUCCCCACCCACGGCAGUGCAGACUGUACAGUGAUUGCAGAUGAUGCCCUUCAUCCAACACUGACAAAAGCCCAAGGCACCGCUAAGGUGCAGCUCCUUCCGGUCACCCUGGGACUAGCCUGGGGAGCCAGUGGGCAACCCGGAGGCAAGAGGAGGAGGUGCGGUCACCGGGAGCCCUCACCAGCCUCCUGCUCUUGAGAGGCUGGCCGAGUGGCAUCAGUCUUUGUCCCAAGACUGGAUGCCUCUUCUCCUCCUGGCUGGCCAUCUCCAGGGCAUCAGAGCUUGUCUGCAUGCAGACGGUCUAAUGCUGGAUGCUUUCAACAGGCUUUUAAAUCGGUCAUUACCCAAGAAAUGAGAAGAAGCCAGGGCCACACGUUUGCCAGCCACCUUGGACCAGGCUGGCUCAGGCAUACUCACAGGGAGUCCUGCUGGCCCAGUCAGGUCUCCUCCCAAGGCAGCCAAGGUGGCACCCUAGCAGAUGUGCCAAGCUCCUUCCUUUCCCUUGAGAGAUGCCUUCGUACAUCCUUACCCAGGGACUGAGGAGAGGAAGUUUUGCCUGGGCUUCAGAUCCAUUCUAUCCUUCAAGCCCUUUCUGCCCACAGCCAACAAAUGGCUGGACAGACAGACAGACAAAGCUAAGCAUCUCAUUCCUGGGUGAGGCAUCACUUCUUACAAUGAUGGAAACUAAAACUGCAAAGAAAAGCAGUGGUGUGGUGCAAGACUUCUCUCCAUGGCCUGGGGGAAACGUAGCCCCUGAGAAGUGGGCAGCAGCAACAGUGGAAAUAACUGUCCUUGGGAGGGAUGGGAGGAGAUGAGGGGCUUGGAAGGGAUUGGGAAGAGGGUCUGCAAUAUGGCUUAGGUGCCCUGUGUCUCAUCUGGGCCAUGAGCAGGUCCCCACUGUCUCCUUGCAGGUGUGGGGGACCCGAUAAUGCAUGGCUCUGGGGGUGGGAGAAGACAGUGGUGGCCUCUAGCCCUGCUCCUGCCCCAAGUACAGGGGGACACCCCUGGAAGGCCAAAGGAGCUGGCUGCUGAGCUUUGUAAAUGAACGUAACCCUGUCGUCGGUGUCGUGGCGGAGCCCUCAGCAUGCAGGCUUCAGCCAGCCUCUCCAGCCCCCUCCCAGCCUAGCUGUGUGUGCAGCCCAGACCACCUUGGAGCUGCUCCUCACCUUCUCCCAAAGCUGAGUCUCUGCAAGAACUCAGUGGAUAGAGCUGGUUGCAGAUGACAGACGGGACGGGGCCACACUGGCACCGGCAGACUCCGUGUCCCACCUGUCCUUCCCACGCCCACGCUGGGGUGAUGCUGUGCAACCUGGAGAAAGGCUGCCCUGGCCCAGAGGGGGACACCCCCUCCCCACCUCAACCAUUGCCUUUAGGAUCAUUCACACAGCGGUGCCCAAAAGGCCUGGUAGGCUUUUGGUUGUUUUUUUUUCCUUUCCAAACUGUUAAAACCGUGGCCCAGCCCUCCCUGAGACAAAUAAAGACC